UCUGAGUAGUCAAAACACUGUUCGUCAAGUCAGUAGUAAACUAUAUUUGCUCCUCUCCAGACCUUAAAAUGGCUAGUGAAGAAGCUAAAGACGUAGCCGAGCUUAAGGCGACUUUACAGAACUGCAACUUAAACGCCAAAGACGGGGAUGAUUUUGCCGAAUUUGAGGCGACUCUUGCGAAGAUCAAUAGCAUAUUGAAUAACGAAGCUCCUCCCGAAGACGAGACAGAGGCGGGAAAUGGAGCGGAUGGCAAGCGCAAGGAAAAGAUAAACUUUGACAACCUGGAUGUGGACAAGGUGCGUCUUAAAGUGCGCGAGAAUCGCACAUUGAUCAAUAAGAAAUCUGUGGACGAAGACAAUGAGAAGCAGGCCAAGGUCAUGAACCAGCAGAGCUUCAUGGAGCAGGUGGAAAAGGAUGCCAACGAUCGUGCAGAGGCUCGUGCCAAGGCGGAGUACGAGGCAGAACUCCAGAGAGCUCAGGGAAACGAAGCAUUUCGUAAUGAAAAGUAUGAAAAGGCAGUUCUGCACUACGACAAGGCUAUCCUUAAGAUCAAGGAUAGCGCUAUUACAUAUAACAACCGCGCCCUAUGCUUUAUCAAGCUCCGAAACUACAGACGCGCCCUUAAGGACUGCCAGUACGUGCUGGAGAAGCUGGAGGAGAAGAAUCUGCGUGCCUGGCUGUACCAGGCCAAUGCCUACAAGUGCCUAAAACAGGACGACAAGUUCGAGGAGAGCGUGGCCAAGGCGCGUGAGCACAAUCCCGGCCAGCUGGCCUACAUUGACAAGUACAUCAAGCAGUUGGGAGCCGAUGUUAAAUCAUAAUCAGUUUAUUUGUUCACAUCAUACUCACUCAGCAUAAGCAUCACGCCCAGAAAAGAGACACACGAAUAAAGGAACGGCAGGUGAACACUGCCCAAAUCUGUGAAGCGUGAAGAA